CGACAAAACGAGAAUAAAAUUUAACGAGAUUUGGAUCGUGAUUACGCUGUACACUUGUAGAAAAGAUUGCUAGAUCGUUCAAGUACUCGAAUUGCUUAAAAAGGGUCGUAUGGUUUAUUGCAAAUCUGGUAAAAUAAGUCCUAUUCAAAAGAGGAAAAUCUGAUACAUUCCUUUCUUAAAAGAAGAAGCAGAAGAAACGUUAACUUCUAUCCACGUCAUUCAUCGUGUUUGAUACUACUGUAAGUGAUUUUUCCGGAAUCAUAGACCUAUACCAAAAUGAAUCGUUCAAAUAAUGAAGUUUCCGAACUCAUGGAUGUGGAGAAUGCAUUUUACAUCGGCAACUAUCAAACAUGCAUAAAUGAGUGUAACAAAAUUUCGAAACCUUCUUUGGAAAAAGAUAUAUAUAUGUACCGCUCUUACAUAGCUCAACACAAGUAUCGUGUGGUACUCGAUGAAAUAAAAUCUACAAACGAAACACCAUUGUUGGCAUUGCGUUACCUAGCCGAGUACAUGUCUAAUAACACUCGGAUGGAAGAGGUUGUGGCGUUUUUCGAUGAAAAGUUUCAAGAAAACUUCGACGAAUUACACGUCAUCUGGAGCGUUGUUGGAGCAAUUAUUUAUUGCAAUGAACAAAAUUACGAAGCAGCUAUAAAGAAGAUGGCCAUGAACGCAGAUCUCGAAUUGUUAUCACUGCACAUACACUGCCUUCUGAAGAUGUCGCGGGUGGAUUUAGCAAAGGAAAAUGUUCUCACGGUGAUGCAACGAAUGGACGAUGAUGCUACUCUCACUCAGCUUUCACAAGCUUGGGUGAACAUUCAAAUUGGAGGUGAAAAAUUGCAGGACGCAUUCUUCAUUUUCCAGGAUCUAUGUGAUAAAUUCUCGCCUACACUUUUGCUACUCAAUGGCCAAGCCGUGUGUUAUAUUGGUCAACAGAAAUACGAAGAAGCAGAACAAGUGCUGCGCGAAUGUUUGAACCGCGAUCCCAACAACUACGAUACGUUGAUUAACUUGCUGGCAUUAUCUCAACAGAAGGAUAAAAAUAACAGCCAGUUUAGUCGGUAUUUGUCACAGAUUCUUGAGGAGCACAAGGGCAGCAGUCUAGUGACAGCUUACAAUAAGCGACAGGCAGAAUUUGACCGUCUUGUGCUGCAAUUUGGUCCUUCCAACACUAAACCAAUAGAUGAAAUAGUUGUUUAAAUGAUAUAAUAUCCUACUUUUUCGAAUUCAUAUACAUGUAUUCUAACAAAUUAUAAGAAAUAACUAUUUUCGAAUAGAAACACGCUUCAA